GACAAAUAAUUACGGCGUACAAUUGUUGUAAACAUAUUAUCUAAUAACAAUAGAUAUAGAUAUAUAUUUACAUACGUAUAAAAAAAAUACAUAUAUAUAUAUAUUGAUAUAUAUGUAUAUAUCUUAAAUGUGCGCUCGCGAACACAUUUAACACAAUGUCGCAAAGAGACACCGUAAUUCAUCUAAUUGCUGGCGGAACUGCUGGUACUGUGGGUGCGAUUGUAACAUGUCCUCUGGAAGUUGUUAAAACACGUUUGCAGUCAUCAACUUCAGGUUUUUAUUUAUUGCCACCACCUCCACCGCCUUCGGCACCUUCAUCUAAACUCUCUUCCUUGUCUUCUUCUGUAACAACGUCUAAGAUUUCAGAAAACUCAUCAAGAUUCACACCAUAUCAUCAUCAUUACCAACAAUACUAUCAUUACCACCAUCUUCAUCACCAUCAUCAAAAACCUCAGCAUCAACAACACCACCAUCCUCGUCAUCAUCGUACAUGGAGCACAAUCGUUAGAUCAUCAACCCAACACAAAAUAAGGAGAUUGAGUUCAACUAACAGUAGCAGAUAUUCUAGGUAUGCUAUCGCAGCUCUUUCACCACAAUACUCUAGUGAAAUACGUAGGAAUGGUAUUUCUGUUCCUACCACUGCUGGUGUUACCACAACACCAGCAGCAUCAACACCUCACUUGGCCAUUCGUUCCCCAGCGACCAUAACCAAUGGACAAUAUCAUUACCAUUCAAAACUGUUUCCAUCAAAACCCUAUCAGCAUCACCGCCAUCAUCUUCACAAUAGUCAUCCUCCUUCACCGCUCUCACAAGGUUCACCAGGUCUCAUACACUGUUUACGAUAUAUUGUUAAAUACGAGGGAGUCGGCGCACUCUUUAAAGGACUUGGACCAAAUCUAGUGGGUGUUGCACCAUCGCGUGCUAUAUAUUUUUGUACAUACUCUCAAAGUAAGAGUUUUUUUAACUCAAAUUUACCUACCGCUCCUGACAGUGCAAUGGUUCAUGUUUUUUCGGCAGCUUGUGCUGGUUUCAUGGCGUGCACCGCAACAAAUCCUAUAUGGUUUGUCAAAACCCGACUUCAACUGGACCACAGUCGUGACGCCCCACACAAUCGCUCCUCAGCUAUUGAGUGUAUCAAAAAAAUAUAUAGACAAUCGGGAUAUCUCGGUUUUUAUAAAGGUAUUGUUGCUUCAUAUGUUGGAAUAAGUGAAACUGUUAUUCACUUUGUCAUUUAUGAAGCUGUCAAGAGCUGGCUGAUAAAAUCCCGCGCAAGAGAUUCGAUUAAAUCUAACAGCAACUUUAAAGAUAAUAAUUCAUCUUCAACGUCAACAAAAACUUCCCGUGAUUUUAUAGAGUUCAUGGCAGCUGGCGCUCUGUCAAAAACAGUCGCAUCAUGUAUUGCUUAUCCCCACGAAGUCAUAAGAACACGGCUACGAGAAGAAGGAACAAAAUACAAACGUUUUUGGCAAACUCUUAAUACAGUAUACACUGAAGAAAGUAUUCGAGGGCUAUAUCGUGGUCUGACUACUCAAUUAGUUCGCCAGAUACCCAACACAGCUAUUAUGAUGGCCACAUACGAGUGCGUGGUUUAUGUACUGAAACGUAAAUUUCAGCCGUCUUCUGAUAAAUUCACAGGCGUUAGCAACACCAGCAACACCAGUAAUAAUAAAAAUACUGAAAAUUUAUCGACUAAUACAACGACAUCUCCAACAAACACUACGUCUCCGUCCUCGUCAUCGACACAGCUACGGUAUUCUUCCAAGAAUAAACAAAAGGGUGAAUUCAUUUCACAUUAAAUUAUUAUAUUAUUUUUACCUUUAAAUUGUUAUAUUGUACAGAAUAGAUAUAAAAAAAAAUGAAAAAGAGAUUAAAAAAAAAAAGAGUAUAAUUAAAUAAUAUUUAAGUAUAACAAUUACCAUCAAGUAUCCCUAUUUUUAAUUUUUACAAUAUACUAAAUAUUUUAUCUAUAAAACAGUAUACACAUAAAUAUAAAUAUAUUUUUUUUUUAAUGGUGAUAAUUUAUCAUUAAUAAUUGUAUAUAUUAAAUUAAAGUGUGACUACAAUUUGAAGCGGGUUAAAAAAUCCAAUAACGUUAUUAUAGAAAUAUAUAUUUAAAGUAAUUAUGGCAGGAUAGAAGUUUGAAUAAGUUAUGAAUGAAUCAGAAAUGUCUAAAUGGUGAUUAAUUGCGGCUGUGUGUUAAAAAUAUAUUUUUUAACAAUUAAAAUUUAUGGAUAGAUACGUAAGUGCUGUUUAUGAUGAGUGAAAAAAAAUUUCAGUGAUGCUCUGUAAGCCAUAAGAUUGCUUAUAAAGUAUUAAUGUUGAUAUAUGCUAACAUAUAUAUAUUUUUUUUUUAAAUUAAUGCUAUCUGUAGAAAUAUAAAUAAACAAAUAAAGUGAUGAUGAAUUUUAAAAUA